AUGCAUGAUCCAUGGACAUCAUUGGAUUCCUCAAUAUUGUUACCUCAAGUCUCUCGAGGUAAUCGUCGAUACAGAGAAUGGUCAAAGGCAGGAAAAAGUAACCAUCUUCUCGACGAGCCACGAAGGCAGUGUUGGGGCAUGAGUGACCUUCUUGGUUGCUCGAUGUUUAAAACCUUCUCGGUUACUGACACUGUCAGCCACAAUUGA